CAUAUUUUAUCGCCCUUCUCUUUCUUUUUACAGCAGUGUACGAAUUUCGUUUUCGUGAGAGCACUUUUCUUCGAAUCUUGUCUGGGUUAGGUCCAAUUUUCUUCAAAAUUAUCUGGAAAUGGAAUCCUCAAGUAGUAUAUUGAAGGAGGGAGAUACAUUUUAUGAAUUUAACCAGUGGUUUCCUGCUGAUUGUUAUUGGAGAGGCAAUCGAAAUUUUAAGCAAACUAUUUCGUCCUUUUUGUCCGGAACUCAAAUGGAUGUGUUAAAGAACAGUGUAUUUGGGAAGUUUUUAGAGUUGAAUGAAGUGAGUCACUCUGGGAAGUUGACUCAUUGUAUGUUGCUGUCUCAAGUUUUUUACAAGGAUAAAAGCAAAAUGGUUUUUAAAGUUUUUGGGAACGAUGUAGCAUUUAUAGAAGAUGAUUUCCAUACUAUUACCGUGCUUAAGAUUGAGGCAUCCGAUUAUAGUUUCGUUGAUGCUAGAGAGAACCAUUUGAAAUAACGGUAUUUCUCUGAUGUAAAAAAGGGUGUGAAGGUAGAUACUUUGUAUAAAUUUAUGCAAAAGCGUUCUCGACUC